GUCAUGAAGAAUACAUUCAGCUUGCUCGCGGCCUUGCCGUUGGUCUCGGCCUUCCCCGCCGUCCUCGAACAGCUGCAGAAGCGCGAGGUCUUUCCAACCGUACCGGCACCCAGGUUUACGACUGACCGCGACAACUGCGGCUCGCAUGGCAAAUGCACAGUCUUUGACGCUCAAGAUCAACUCGUGAACGUCCAAGAAGGAAGCGGACACGAGUUCCGCUCACCAGGAGCAGGCGAUCUUCGUGGCCAGUGCCCCGGCCUUAACGCUGCUGCGAACCACGCCUUCCUUCCCCGGAACGGCAUUGCUACGAUCCAGCAAACCGUAGAUGGCCUGGGUGCCGCAUACAGCAUGUCUCCAGAGCUCGGCGCUGCCCUUGCCGCCAUUGCAAUCGCCGUCUCUGGUGACCCCGUCGCUGGUACUUGGUCUAUUGGAUCCGGUUACAACGGCGCUGUCGGACUACUGGGCCGACCAACUGGUAUCGUUGGAACUCACUCGCGGUACGAGGGAGAUGCUUCCAUCGUUCGAGGUGACGCCUUUAUGCACGGAGGCAACGUCGGCGCUUUCGAGAUGCACCGAUGGGAACGACUUUACAGCCUGCUCGGCGAUGAGGACAACCUCACCCAUGACAAGGUUGCUUCGCAAGCGUACUACACGAUGCAGUACAGUGUCGAAAACAACCCAUACUACUUCAGCGCCCCCUUCUCUGGCCUCGUCGCUCCUGAUGCUCAUAACUUCGUGGUCAACUUCAUGUCCAACCACUCUGCCGACAACAUGGGAGGUCAGCUCUCUCGCGAAACGCUCAAGUCCUUCUUCGCUGUCACUGGUGAAACCGGCAGCUUCGUGCACAAUAGAGGCCAAGAACGCAUUCCUGACAACUGGUACAAGCGCCCAACCAGCCAGCCGAUGAACACCGUCGAUACCAACGUCGACACCGCCGUGAACGAUCGGAUGUAUCCAGGCAUCAUCAAAUUCGGUGGCAAUACGGGCACGGUGAACAGCUUCACUGGCGUCGAUCUCGGCGAUCUCACUGGCGGCGUCUUCAACGGAGCGACUUUGGGUGAGGGUAACAACCUUUCCUGCUUCUUCCUUCGUGCUUCUCAGGCUGGUCUUGUCGAUGCCGGCUCUCCUGUCACUGGAGCCGUCGGCGCUGCUCUCAACUUGUUGACCAAGACGUUGGGCCCACAAGCACAGGCUUUGGGCUGCCCAGAACUCAAGAGCUUGAACAACAACCUCUUCUCCGGUAUGAAGACUGGAACCUUCUAGGCUGCAUGGCUUUCGGCUCUGCAAUGGAAUGGUGGAAAAUGAGCAAGCCAAACGGCUGUGGCCUCACGAAUGAUGUCUUGACGAGGAUGGGAUGUAGUUGUAGCACGACGAUGUAUAUCAUAUCGAUUGUUACCAAGAAAUCUAGCAAAAGACUUGCAUCUA